UUAGAUUUUUAUUUACCGCCAAAAAUAAUAAAGAUAAAUUGCCUUAUUAUAAAUUAUUAUCUAGUAAAUGGAAUUAUUACUCAUUUUAGAUUUGUAGUUUAACAUUUAGAAAAUCCAAUAGUAGUAAUAAUGUCCCUUAAACGAGGAGCUUUAAUAGUUAUUGAAGGUGUAGAUAGAACUGGAAAAUCCACACAAAGUAAAAACCUAGUUGAGAAUUUAAAUAAUCGAAAAAUCAAAGCGGAGUAUGUAAACUUUCCUGACAGGAGUACUGAAAUUGGCAAAGUAAUAAACAGCUACUUGAAAUCUAAGAACGAUUUAUCAGAUGAAACCAUUCACCUAUUGUUCUCUGCAAAUCGUUGGGAGAAAGCUCGGGGCUUAAUAAAAAAAUUGGAAGAAGGUAUCAGCAUUAUUGUAGACAGAUAUUGUUACUCGGGAGUAGCAUUCACUGCUGCUAAAGGUUAUGAUAUAAAUUGGUGUAAGUCACCAGAUUCGGGUUUACCAAAACCUGACAAAGUAUUCUUCCUUACAAUGCCGCUUGACAAUAUUCUGCAGAGAAAUGGAUUUGGCAAUGAAAGGUAUGAAGUAUUGGACUUUCAGAAGAGGGUGUCAGAAAUGUAUGAUAAAUUGAAAGAAGAUAAUUGGGAGGUUUUAGAUGCUAGAAGAUCAAUACAGACUAUAGAAGAGGAAUUACUAGAGAAAUCAUUGGAUGUUAUCAAAGCAGCUGAAUUAAAUCCUAUAGACAAAAUAUGGGUCAAAUAAAUUAUGUAAAAUUUGUGAUAUCUAUUUUAAAUCAUGUAAUUAUGGUUGUAUAAAUA